AUGGGGGCAUUAUCUAGCAUGAAGAAGAUUACUCCCUUCAAGAGAGAGCUGAACCGGAAGCCCCCGUCUAGUUACAAAGAAUUCAUCGCACAAGCACAAGGGUACAUCAACGCCGAGGAAGUGGAUGCGAAUGACCCUGAGCACAGGUCCAACAAAAACAAAGGGACUGAGCAAGGGUCGACUGCAGGAAAGCAAGACGGAAAGAAACGGAGAGGCGGAGGAAACGGGGACAAGUGGCCUGCUUCAACGCCAAACGCUCUAGAAGACAAGAAGCCGAGGCAAGAGAAAAAUCGCAAGCCUCGGCCGUUUCAAAGGUUCCACGGCGACGUUGGCGACCACACCAAUGGUUGCGCCGAUCUUAAAGAUGAGAUCGAAAGGGUAAUCUGUGAGGGAAGGCUGCAGGAGUUCAAGGCCGAGAGGAGACCAAUAAACGAUGGACACUCGAGGAGAUCUCAAAAAGACUACGCCCACGAAGCCAGAGGCAUUUACCAGGAAAGGUUCUGGAGUGUCUCCGCCGUGAAAGUAACAAGGUUUGGCAGUGCAGACGUGGCGUUUAAUGAGGACGACGCCAGCGGGGUUCACUUCCCCCACAACGACGCCUUGGUGGUAGAAGCUGUGAUUGGAAAUCACACUGUAUGCCGAAUCCUAGUGGACAAUGGGAGCUCGAUAGACCUUCUAUACUCCGACUGCCUGGAAAAGAUGGGGAUCCCAAAGGAACAAUUAGAGAGAACCUCCAGGCCGUUGUACGGUUUCAUUGGGGAUUCCGUCAUCCCUCGGGGGACAAUCCGGCUGCCUAUAACUGCUGGGGAGAAACCUCGACAAGCCACUAUAAUGGCUAAUUUUAUGGUAAUAAAGGGAGGCUCCCAAUACAAUGUCGUCAUUAGGAGGCCAACCCUACAGGUGCUGAGGGCAAUAACCUCUAUCUACAACCAGAAGGUCAAAUUCCCUACCCGAAACGGUGUAGGCGAAAUAAAGAGCAACCAGUAUGAGGCUAGGGUUACGUAUUCUGAUGCCUUGCGCGGAUAUGACCAGCCGGGGAGGCAGGAGGCCAGAAUGGUCUGUCAAGGCGCCAUUGAGGACAUAGAUCCCAAGGUCCAAGAGAAGGUCACAUGA